UCCGCCUUCCGCCGCCAUCAGAUCGGAGCGGCCUCCGCCGCCGGGAAGCCCUCCGGGAGGAUGACCACGCUAACGCGCCAGGACCUCAACUUCGGACAAGUGGUCGCUGAUGUCCUUUCUGAAUUUUUAGAAGUAGCCAUUCACCUUAUCCUUUACGUCCGAGAAGUUUACCCCACUGGAAUUUUCCAGAAGAGGAAAAAAUAUAAUGUACCUGUUCAGAUGUCCUGCCAUCCCGAACUCAAUCAGUAUAUUCAGGAUACCCUCCACUGCGUCAAACCUUUGUUAGAGAAGAACGACGUGGAGAAAGUAGUCGUGGUCAUCCUUGAUAAGGAACACCAUCCAGUAGAAAGAUUCGUCUUUGAGAUCAUGCAGCCACCAUUGCUGGCCAUCAGCUCCGAUUCUCUGCUCAACCACGUGGAGCAGCUUCUGCGGGCUUUUAUUCUGAAGAUCAGUGUCUGCGAUGCUGUGCUGAACAACAACCCUCCAGGCUGUACUUUCACCAUCCUUGUGCACACCCGUGAAGCUGCCACACGCAACAUGGAGAAGAUCCAAGUGAUCAAGGACUUCCCCUGGAUUCUGGCCGAUGAGCAGGAUGUCCACAUGCACGACCCACGGCUGAUCCCCCUGAAGACCAUGACUUCGGACCUCUUGAAGAUGCAGCUGUACGUAGAGGAGCGAGCCCAGAAAAGCACUUGAACCCAGCCCCCCUCAACCAUUUUGGAAGCUGCAACCCAGGUGACACAUUCCCGGACUGCACCCGUCUCCUGCGACCGCUCGCUCGAUGCUCGGACUGUCAGCCCACGUGUCCAAGUCCCUUCCUGGCUGCUCUUAAAAGUGCUCUUAAAUCCCACCAGGCUAGUCUCCCUUCUUCAGCCGCUUCAGAGUCGGGUCCUUUUCAAGUUGCUAGACCUGAGGGAGGACGGGGCAUUGCAAAAACUGUGCCUAGAAAGUGGUCCUGUCUGUUUGCUGUGAAAACACUUGUACAACUACACUCAUCUGUCUUAUUUAUGUGAAUGUUUAUUACUGUGUUCCAAGGUGCUAAUGUAGAACAAUACGAUGACUAAAUUCACUGUAAAUAAACUUAAAAGAGUUGUAUCUGGGAGCA